CUCUUUCUUGUUUACGGCCAGUUGGCUUCCGGUCGCAACUUGUCUUCUGUCGGAAGUUAAUUCGCUGACGCUCACCUCUGGGUUGUACCAACUCGUGAUGUUUGUUUUCGUAAAAUCACCGUGCAAACCUUAAAUCCUCUAAAGAUCACUUAAAAUCCUCUCACUCUCUCGAUUAUCUCUCUGGACUGUCGAGGUGGUAAAUGCUGUCUCUUUUGACAGAGGAAUAAAAGACAACACAACACACUCCUCCCGCGGCUCUCUCACAUUUAGUGCCUUCCACUUUGGGCGCCACCGUUCAAAUUUGAAAAAAAACAGAAGAGGAGAAAUUCACCGAGAGAAAGAAAAAAAAUCACUGAGAGGUCAAGGUUAAGAGUCCACCUUUUUGAUCUUUCAUACCUAGUCCCAGCAAAAACUUGACUAUUUCAUAGGUGUAAAACAUUUUUAGGACAGAACAAUUUGCCUCAGAUCGAUGGAUAUCUUCCAAGAAGAUGCACAAUGUCAGCUAAAUGAAAAGCUAAAUGAAACCAGGAUCAAAUUUUUGAGUUUGUGGGAAAACUAUAGUCCAACAGGAUUUAAACAGAAGUACAGAGAAUCUUUAAAAAUCACAGAAGAUAGAUGUUUAGAGAUAUAUGAAGAGGAAAAACAGAUGUGUGAAAAGAUCCAAUUAACCAAAAAGGUUAUUGCUGAGCAGAAUGCAUUCCUGGAAAAAACCCAAUUAGAGCUGCAGAGCAUCAACCAAAAUUGUGAAAGUAUUGAAAGGCAAAAGCAGGAUGUAUUAGAAAAGAUUAAGAAGCUGAAAGAAGGACUUCUCAAAAAGCAGGAAUUAAUUUCUACACAAAAACACCAAAAUAAAGCAAAGCUGAAGGAAUUAAAUUUAUCUGCAGAAAUGUUCAAGAAGCGAAUGGGCCUGGAAAUUCGGAAGGUGCAGGGGGAACAACUCCAGUUUAUCUUCAGAUGCAUCAGCCAUAAAAGUCCUGAGCAGCCAUUUACAUUUCUGCUGAAAUUCAGUGAAGAAGGAAAUUAUGAAGUUACAUCAUGUGAACCACCACUGGAAUGUAUGCCUUCACUGCAGGAAAAACUCAAAGAAACCAACAACUUCUCUGCAUUUCUUGCAAAUGUUAGGAAAGCUUUUACAACAUUAGCAUAAUUUGAGGUUGUAUUCUUAGUUUUCCUACUUAGCUUAGAAAAUCUAUUCUCCUUUGUUGUUUAAUUGUUUUCCCACUUCUAUGAACCAAUGUUAGUAUUUGAUUGUGUAACAUCGUAUUUUUAUAAUUGUAUCCUCUUUAAAAAAAAAUACUUGUUCACAACUAUUUCUCAUAGAAUUGUGUUGCUUGUUAUACAUGGCCAAAUAAGUAGUAGGAGCACUGGGCCAUUGCCCAAUUGAAGCUGCUCUGCCAAUUAAGAACAACAAAAUAAUUAAUGUCUGAUCUGAUUGUGGCCCUAACUUCACUUUCCUCCCUGCCCUUAAGAAUCUGUGUAGGUCAGUCUUGGGUUCAGCUACUCUUUUUGAUUUGAAGAUGUCCUUUGCUGACCAUAGUUAUGAUUACUAAAUAUUUUAUGUACAAAAAUGUAACUUUUUGUUCAAAGUUUUCAUUAAAAUAACGGUACCUUUGGUCAUGUCA